UUUAACAAUAUUUAAACAAAUUCACUGAGCAAUGUUAAAAAACCAAUGACGUAUAUAUUGCAUAGGGCAAUCGCAAAUACAUUGUCAAUCAAAUAUCCAAACCUAAACUUUUCUAAAUUUUUCUUUGAGGUGCGAGAUCAUAAGGGGCGGGAUGAAGGAAUACCUAACCCCAAUGGGGCCAACCGAGCUGCACGUAAACCCUAUCUUCGAGAUUGGGCCAGUGGAGCCGCGAUUCUCAGAGUGGCUGGUGUUCGAGGGCAUAAGCGUGGACGAGAGCGGGCGGCAGCAUUUCAUGGACGCCACAGUGGCCUACAAGCGCGCCGUGCUGAACGCCAUUGACUACCUCUCCAAAUUCGGCUACUCCAAGGAGCAGGCUUACCUCCUCCUCUCCUGCUGCCCCUGUGAGGGCCGCCUCUCCAGCAUCGUAGACGUUCCCAAUGCCGUCGCCACCAUUGCUAUCCCCACCGCCAUUUUCGAUCAGGUC